AUUGGUAAGAGGAAUCUCUGUACGACCCAAAUAUGGCGGCCGAAAAAAAAUGUACAUGUACCUGCAGUCCUUCAAUCUUAAUUCUCAUUUGAGCAAGACCGAUCUGCUGGUCAAAGUCAGCCCCAAGCCUCCCUUGGCUUGCCUCGUGCUUUCUUAAUAUUACGGCUUGGCAGUGGAGUGAUGGCAGGGACAAAGGAGUAACAAACAUUGGGGGAGAAAAAAAAAGAUGACGUCGAUCUUAUUAUAUAAUGGGAACCGAAUCCCCUCUUCCUCGAUCGAAUUGUCUCAUCAGCGGUAUAAUCUAUUCGGUAGCAGAUCUAGUCAGUAGAAGAAAAUAUUCUCAAGAUGUUGUUCUCAUCCCGCGUCUUCGCGUCUACGGCCGCGGCGCUACUAGCUCUCUGCAAUGUAGCCACUGCCGUACCCCAAGGAGGUCCGAUCUCACCGGUGUCUACCCCUACUACGGUCCCGGGACAUUGCUCAACGACGAUGGAUGACUUCGAGCACACAACGGCCUGGGUGAAGACUCAUGAAUGCUACACCUACACCCGCACGGUCCAGUCUUCUACUUGCCCAACUCUGUCAUGUCCGGCUCAACCGACGGAUCGGGUCUGCCCGGAAAUCAUCAAGGUUUCCAGCGUGACAGUCCCGUGUGCUACUGACUGUUGCCCGACGACUUCGACGUCGUAUGUAUCGAAUGGGGCCUGCCCAACCUGUGCUGAAUGCCCUAUCCCCACUCAAUGGAUCACCUAUACCACCGGCUGCGCGGGCACACCUACUAUCACAUCCGCAACGAUUGAGACGGCGCCAUGGAACACGCCCGGUAACUAGAAAAUUGGCGUAGACAGGAGUUUAGACACUUGGUGGAGAAGGAAUCGUAGUUAGUGGUUCUGA